AUGGCAACAAAAGAUCCAACUAGCGGCAAAAUCCCAGCUCAAGCUGGUGCUGGCGAACAACAAGAAUACAAAAUUCGUAUUACGUUAACAUCUCGUAAUGUCAAAUCGCUCGAAAAAGUCUGUGCCGAUUUAAUUCAAAAGGCUAAAGACGAAGAAAUCCGUGUCAAAGGACCCGUACGUAUGCCAACCAAAGUCUUACGUAUAACAACACGUAAAACACCAUGUGGUGAAGGUUCAAAAACUUGGGAUCGUUUUCAAAUGCGCAUUCACAAACGUGUCGUUGAUUUACAUUCAAAAUCAGAAAUUGUUAAACAAAUUACAUCAAUUAGCAUUGAACCAGGUGUAGAUGUUGAAAGAUAUACCCAUCUAGAAAAGAAACAUAGAAUACAGAUGAACACAUAUAAUCAAUUACCAACGGCAUGCGAUGUACAAUCAGAUGUUUACAAGAGUAAUUAUGAAGCCAUGUCCAAAACAGUCAGUGAAUUGAAAACCGUUAUCAAGCGUAUUACGCUUGGCGGUAAUGACGAUGCUCGGAAACGGCAUACUUCAAAGAAUAAAUUAUUAGCGCGCGAUAGAAUCGAUAAAUUACUUGAUCCAAAUACUCCGUUUCUUGAAUUGUCACAACUAGCUGGCUAUCAGUUAUAUGGCGACGAAGAAGUUCCCGCUGCUGGUCUUAUCACGGGUAUUGGUCAAAUUGAAGGACGGGAAUGUGUAGUUGUUGCAAAUGAUGCAACAGUAAAAGGUGGAUCUUAUUACCCAAUGACAGUGAAGAAACAACUGCGUGCUCAAGAAAUAGCACGAGAAAAUCGAUUACCUUGCAUUUAUCUUGUUGAUAGUGGCGGUGCUAAUUUACCACGUCAAGCAGAUGUUUUUCCAGAUAAAGAACAUUUCGGACGUUUGUUCUAUAAUCAAGCAACAAUGAGCGCUGCCGGUAUCCCGCAAAUUGCUGUCGUUAUGGGUAGUUGCACAGCCGGUGGUGCUUAUGUUCCUGCGAUGGCUGAUCAGUCUAUAAUCGUUCGUCGGCAAGGAACUAUUUUUCUUGCCGGUCCACCACUAGUGAAGGCUGCAACUGGUGAAGUUGUAUCAGCAGAAGAUCUUGGCGGUGGUGACCUUCAUUGUCGUCAAUCUGGUGUGACAGACUACUAUGCUAUGGAUGAUAGUCAUGCUUUGCAUUUAACAAGACGUGCUGUGGCCAAUUUGAAUUAUAUAAAACCACAACAAGUUCUGAUGAAACCGUCCGUUGAGCCACUCUAUCCAGCAGACGAAUUAUACGGCAUUGUUGGAGAUAAUCUCAAACGUGUAUAUGAUGUUCGUGAAGUCAUUGCUCGAAUUGUUGACGGUAGCGAAUUCGAUGAAUUUAAGAAAUUAUAUGGAGAAACAUUGGUGACAGGUUUUGCUCGUAUUCACGGCUAUCCAGUUGGUAUAUUAGGUAAUAAUGGAGUUCUAUUCUCAGAAUCCGCUCUCAAAGGCGCUCACUUUAUUGAACUAUGCUCUCAACUGAAAAUUCCACUACUCUUUUUACAAAACAUCACCGGUUUUAUGGUUGGACGCGAAGCAGAAGCUGGUGGCAUUGCCAAAAAUGGUGCGAAAUUAGUUACUGCUGUUGCUUGUGCUCAAGUGCCCAAGAUUACUGUCAUUGUCGGAGGCAGUUACGGAGCUGGCAAUUAUGGUAUGGCUGGACGAUCUUAUAGUCCACGAUUUCUCUACAUGUGGCCUAACGCACGAAUAUCAGUUAUGGGUGGUGAACAAGCAGCUCAAGUUCUCACCCAAAUAACUGCUGAGCAACGUAAAAGACAGGGGCAGAAAUUUACCAGUGAAGAAGAACAAAAAAUCCGUGAACCAAUUCUUCGCAAAUACGAGCAUGAAGGUUCACCCUACUAUUCGUCCGCACGUCUUUGGGACGAUGGCGUCAUCGAUCCCGUCGAUACUCGACUUGUCUUAGGUCUAAGUCUUAGUGCUUCAUUGAACGCACCCAUCCCAGAGACACGUUUUGGCAUCUUCCGAAUGUAA